GAAGGCAUGCAGGUUUGAUCACAAUUUCCACUCGGACCACAAUCUCUUUGUUCUAAAACAAUAUGGACUUGAGAGUUUAAACAGUGAUGAACUUCGCCAGCUUCUGCUUCAGAAUGACCCUUCCAUCUUACCAGAGGUCUGCUUAUAUUAUAACAAAGGUGAUGGACCUUAUGGAUCUUGUACCUAUAAAAAGAUCUGCACCAAACUGCAUGUUUGCCAGUACUAUUUCCGGGGACAGUGUAGAUUUGGCAGCAGCUGCAGGCGAUCCCAUGAUUUAUUAACAUCAGAAACUUAUGAGAAACUGGAGAGACGGGGACUGAGCUAUGACAUUAUUGAGAAACUACCCUCCAUUUAUAGGAAUAUGUAUGACAUAAAAAAUGGCAAUGGGAACAUGGAUGACAUGGAAGAUGGCAUGUCUUCACCCUUCAAAGAGAGAAAACACAGCUUUAGCCGAGAGUCUUCAACUGCAAAUGAUGAUGAAUUGGAACAGAUCUGUUUAUAUCAUCUGUACAAAGGUUGUGGCUUUAAAGACAAGUGUAUCAGAACUCACUUUCACUUGCCAUAUAGAUGGCAGGUCUCUAAGGGUAACAUCUGGAUGGACUUGAAGAAUAUGGAAGAUAUAGAAGCAGCAUACUGCGACCCCGAUUACACCGGAAUUAGAAAUACUGCUACUGCAGAUGGCUCUGCCUUGCCACGUAUCUCUUUUCUGAAUAUGUCCUGUGGGCUUGAAAAGGUUAGACGCCUUUCUACAGCCUCUUCUGUGACCAAACCUCCUCACUUCAUUCUUACAACAGAAUGGAUCUGGUACUGGAAAGAUGAAUAUGACCUGUGGCAGGAGUAUGGGAAAAAAGAUGUUGACCAUGUAGCUGCCACUAUCUCCAGUGAAGACCUGGAGAAAGCAUAUAUAAGCAAAUGUUCUCCAACACUGAACUUCAGAGCUGGAAGACAUGAAUAUGAAAUCAAUUUUGCACACAUGAUUCAGAAAAACCUUCGCUACUCAACAGAGAGAGAGGUUUGCAGAAGACCUGUAUUUGUGUCUCAGGAAGAGGUAGAGAAAACAAGAGCCAGGAGCUUUAAAUGUGCAGAACUUAAGGGCAUUCCAUCUCACUGGGACAAAUCUGCCCUGCCUGAAGUGGGAUUCAAGCUGAUUGAGCUUGACAGUUUUUCUGAAGAAUAUGAUAAAGUCAAGGUGGGCUUUCAACGCACAAUGCCCAAAACAGUUAUUAAAAGGAUUCGUAGAGUUCAGAACCCGUCUCUCUGGGAACUGUAUCAGUGGCAGAAGGAACAAAUGCAGAAGAGUAAUGGCGGAAAUGCUGUGGAUGAGCGAUCUUUAUUUCAUGGGACCAGUAGAAAAUACAUCGAUGCCAUCUGUCAGCAAAACUUUGACUGGAGGAUCUGUGGCAUUCAUGGGACAGUCUAUGGCAAAGGAAGCUAUUUUGCAAGGGAUGCAUCUUAUUCUGACAACUACUGCAGGGAAGACUCACGCACCAAGACCAUGUUUCUGGCCCGGGUGCUGGUGGGGGAAUUCACUGUUGGUAAUUCUUCCUAUGUUCGGCCUCCCAUGAAGGACAAACACAGCUUCUAUGACAGUUGUGUGAAUAGCUCUUCAAACCCUUCUAUCUUUGUCAUCUUUGAGAAGCAGCAAAUUUAUCCAGAGUAUCUCAUAGAAUACGUUGACCAGGCAUAUGCUAAAAUGCUGUAG